CGUCUUCGUUGUUCCAAUCGAAAGACAGCCUGCGGAGCUACGGCUCGUUCGAAGACACCAAUUCGAUUCGAAGGUGCAAUUUUUCACAAUUCGGAAAGCUAAAAGCAUGCGAAAUCGAUGCAAGUUCGUCUUCAGUUUCGCUCGCCCAAACUCCCCAAUCAUCCGCCAAACGAUAACGAGAUCCCUCGCUUUCUGGGUCGCCGCCGAUGGACCUCAACAAUCUACAAUGGAUGACGCGGAAGAACCCCAAGUGCCGGUAACCAACACGGCCUACUGGACCAAACGGAUUCACAGACUCUGCGCCGUCGACGGCGAUGUCGACGGGGCACUCCGCCUUCUCCACUACCUCCGCCUCCGCGGCUACCGCCCCGACUCUCUCAAUCUCAACAGCCUAAUUCACGCUCUCUGCGACUCUAACCGCUUCUCCGAAGCUCACCACCGAUUCGUCCUCUCGAUCUCUUCGGGCUGGAUGCCCGACGAGCGGACUUGCAAUACAAUCAUUGCCCGCUUGCUUGAUUGGCGAAACCCGGAUGCCACAUUGCGUGUGGUUCGGUCUUUGUUCGCGGCGAAGCCCCAGUUCGUGCCUUCUUUGGUGAACUUCAACCGUUUGAUCGACCAACUGUGCUCGCUUUCUCGGCCCAGCGAAGCGCACGGGUUGUUUUUCGAGAUGAAGAGGAAGGGGCACUGUCCUAAUGCAGUUUCGUAUACCACACUGGUUAAUGGUUAUUGCAAAACUGGGGACUUGGGUUCUGCCCAGAAACUGUUCAGGGAAAUGCCUGAGUGGGGAGUACAGCCCAACUCGCUCACGUUUAGCGUGUUGGUUCGUGGGAUUCUACGGAAGCGGGAUGUUGAACGCGGGAAGGAACUAAUGCUCAAACUAUGGAGGACAAUGGUGGACGAACAGGACCCAUCUGUUAACAAUGCGGCUUUUGUCAACAUCAUUGACUCUUUGUGUCGUGAAGGUUUAUUCCAUGAAGUUUUCAGAAUCGCGGAAGAUAUGCCUCAAGGGACGAGUGUUCCGGAGAAAUUUGCUUACGCCCAGAUGAUAGAUUCUCUUUGUAAAAUGGGAAGGCAUAACGGGGCAGCAAGAAUCGUGUAUAUAAUGAGGAAGAGAGGUCUAACGCCAAGUUCGGUAUCUUAUAAUUCUAUUGUACAUGGGCUCAGCAAGGAGGGUAGUAGUAUGAGGGCUUUCCAGUUGCUGGAAGAAGGGAUUGCGUUUGGGUACUUUCCCUCGGAGUAUACUUUCACUAUUUUGAUAGAAGGUCUUUGUCGAGAAGCUGAUCUUACCAAGGCAAGGAAAGUUCUUGAGAUUAUGUUGAUGAAGGAAGAUGUGGACAGCAUCAGAAUCUAUAAUAUUUAUCUGAGAGCACUUUGUCUUAUGGAUAACCCGACUGAGCUUCUGAAUGUGCUUGUUUUCAUGCUGCAAACACAGUGCCAGCCCGAUGUAAUAACCCUUAACACAGUUAUAAAUGGAUUCUGCAAGAUGGGAAGGAUUGAGGAGGCUCUAAAUAUUCUGCAUGAUAUGAUGAAUGGAAAGUUCAGUGCACCAGAUGCAGUCUCUUUUACUACUGUCAUCUGUGGCCUGCUAAAUGUUGGAAGAACCGAAGAAGCUCUUGAUUUUUUCCAUAAAGUUAUGACUGAAAUGGGUGUUAGGCCGGGUGUUGUUACCUACAACGCAGUUCUUAAAACACUGUUUAAACUACAUCAAUCAAGUAAGGCGAUGGAAGUUUUCAACAACCUGGAGAGGGAUGGUGUCCGUGCUGACAGCAUUACCUACACUGUUAUAAUUGAUGGAUUGUGUGAGUCCAACCAACUAGGGGAGGUGAAGAGGUUAUGGAAUGACGUUAUUUGGCCAUCAACCAGUCAUGAUAAUUUUGUAUAUGCAGCCAUCCUUAAAGGGUUUUGCCGCUUAGGCAAAUGGAGCGAGGCUUGUAAUUUCUUAUAUGAAUUGGUUGACUACGGGGUUUCCCCAAAUGUUGUAAAUUAUAACAUUCUGAUUGAUGGUGCUUGCAAGUUAGGUCUGAAGAGGGAAGCUUACCAAGUUGUGGGAGAAAUGAGAAAGAACGGAGUGGUCCCAGAUUCUGUAACAUGGAGGAUUCUUGACAAAUUACAUGGAAAUUUGAGGAAGCAAGUGCGGGCUGAGAAUUCAACUGUGCAAUUUAAGGAGGGUUUGUAGGAGUUGCAUGGAUAGGAGUUUUUGUAAGUGAACAAAUUGGAUUGAACAAGCAAAAUCAAGGAAGAAACAGGGAAAUUCCUAUCUGCGAUGGAUCAUGAACCCAGAAAAGGAUCUUUUGGCUUAACUCAAAGAAUCGAAAGUCAUGAUCACAAUGAGCUAUCAUACGAAAAGGGAUGUAGACAGAGGUUGGAUCUCUUGCUGUCGGUAUGAUAUGAAAGGGGAUAUUGGUGAAUGUCGGUAACGGUGGUAAGAUUAUUCCUUCAUAGUUGGAAUAAUCUCUUCACAAAGCAAGGGUGAGGUUUCAUAAAAAAGGUAACUGCCCAUGACCCUCACAAAGAGGAGUGCCUCAUGCACCGUGGGUGUUCUUUUAGAAGCAUUCUUCUAGGUCCAUAAGAAAUGGAGCACUAUGACAGGCAAUGGAAGUACUAUCUGAGGGAGGAGAAGUUCUCUUGUGUACAGAGUGUUUCCUAGUUAUUGAUUUGCUACCAGAGUUGGUCGUCUAAUCACUGUAGCACUUUGUUUGGAGCACUAUGAAUCUUGCAUUCUGGCGGCGUUCUCUGCCACGUACAGGAUCAUUCUAUAGAACAUUUUCAACAAGAGAUCAAGAUCUGGUCUAAAUGUUAGGCAAUAUCAGAGGAGCUAUAAAAACUCAAUCGGGUCUAGUAGAGUCCAACUACUUCCACAGUCAUCUGUCUGACUCAGUUUACAUAAAAAUGCAUGUUUUCCCCACAAGAAUUGUCAUCUCUAGAGUGCCAAGGGAACUCAUUCAUCAUUUCCAGUACUUCUAUGCAAUCUUUUUCUCUCUUAUAUCUA